CGACGCACAUACGAUGAUCGUCAUGGACAGUUUUGCGCUGCCGGUGGAGGGUACGGAAACGCGCGUCAACGCGCAAGCGCAGGCGUACGAGUAUAUGACGACAUACACGGAGCAGUGCGAACAAGUUGGAAGACUUGAGAAGGUGAUCGGCUGGUAUCAUAGUCAUCCGGGAUACGGUUGCUGGCUAUCCGGAAUCGAUGUCAGCACGCAGAUGCUUAAUCAGCAGUUUCAGGAGCCGUUUGUAGCCGUCGUCAUCGACCCCAUUCGCACUAUAUCGGCUGGAAAGGUUGAUCUCGGCGCUUUCAGAACAUACCCCAAGGGAUAUAAACCUUCCGAGGAAGGUCCUUCGGAAUACCAGUCUAUUCCUUUAAAUAAAAUCGAAGAUUUUGGAGUGCACUGCAAGCAGUACUAUUCGCUGGACGUCGCAUACUUCAAGUCUUCGCUGGACAGUCGAUUGUUGGAUUCCCUGUGGAACCGCUACUGGGUCAAUACGUUGUCGUCCACUAAUCUGAUAACAAAUUCGGACUACGUCACCGGUCAGAUUCGUGAUCUUGGUGAAAAACUGGAGCAGGUGGAAACUGACGUAGCUCGCGGAACAGGAUUCGGCUUGGGAUUCGAUCCACAUGACAGAAAGACCGAAGAAAAAUUUAGCAAAGUUGCAAGAGACAGGUAGUG